GGGAAAGUUCUGAAGCAGGUUGGGUCAGAAACAGAAUUUUCUCUUGUUUGUUUUGAUCAUCAUGGAGCAGCAGCAGGCACCUGUUCAGCGGGAUGAACCUUCAUCACUGCUGGAUGAUCCAGCUCCUCCUCCUCCUCACCUCCACCUCGGCUCACAGCGACCUCUUCACCUCUGUGGGUCAGAUGAUGGACCUGCUCUUCGUGGAGAAGGACCUGGUGACCUCGCUGAAGGACUACAUCAGAGCCGAGGAGGACAGACUGGAGACAAUCAGAAGGUCUGCUGCAGAACCUCAGAAUGGGCGGACAAACUGGACCUGCUCUCAGCUGCGGCCCUGCAGGACCCCGAGGGGUUCCUGGGUCACCCGGUGAAUGCCUUCAAGCUGAUAAAGAGGCUGAACACGGAGUGGGCGGAGCUAGAGAGCCUGGUGCUGACGGACAUGUCUGACGUGUUCGUCUCCAACCUGACCAUCCAGAGGCAGAACUUCCCCAACGACGACGACCAGAGCGGAGCCGCCAGGGCUCUGAUGAGGCUGCAGGACACGUACCGGCUGGACACCGAGACCGUGUCCACCGGACUGCUGCCAGGCUCGUCCCCGCUGGCCUCCAUGCGAAGCGUCCUGACCGUAGAAGACUGCUUCGACCUGGGGAAGGUGGCGUACUCGGAGGUGGACUACUACCACACAGAGCUGUGGAUGGCUCAGGCCCUGAAGCAGCUGGACCGGGGGGAGACGUCCGGGACUGUGGACGCUGUCUCCAUCCUGGACUACCUGAGCUACUCUGUGUACCAGCAGGGGGCGCUGCAGAAGGCACUGGACUUCACCCGGAGGCUGCUGGAGCUCGACCCGACACACCAGCGAGCCAAUGGGAACCUGAAGUACUUUGAGUACCAGCUGUCCAAACAGGAGAAGGAGGAGGACCACCAGGAAGAGGAGGAGGAGCAGCGGAGACGAAGAAGGGAGACCCACAGUCGCCAAGACGACUACCUGCCGGAGCGGAACAAGUACGAGCGACUGUGUCGUGGCGAGGAUAUCCAGAUGACUCCUUGCAGAUGGAGCCGCCUUUUCUGCCGCUACCACGACAACGGGCGCCACCCGAGGUUCGUGAUCGGGCCGGUGAAGCAGGAAGACGAGUGGGACCGCCCCCACAUCGUCCGGUACCAUGACAUCGUGUCGGAGAAGGAGAUGGAGAAGGUGAAGGAGCUCGCCAAGCCCCGGUUGAGACGAGCAACGGUUCAUGACCCUCAGACAGGAAGACUCACCACAGCUCAUUACAGAGUGUCCAAGAGCGCUUGGCUCGGGGCGUUUGAACAUCCGGUUGUGGAUCAAAUCAACCAGAGGAUCCAAGACGUGACGGGUCUGGAUGUCAGCACCGCAGAGGACCUGCAGGUGGCAAACUAUGGUGUAGGAGGACAGUAUGAACCUCACUACGACUUUGGACGGAAAGACGAGCCCGACGCCUUUGAAGAGUUGGGAACCGGGAACCGGAUCGCCACCUGGCUCCUCUACAUGAGCGACGUGCAGGCGGGCGGCGCCACAGUCUUCACGGACAUCGGCGCUGCCGUUCAGCCAAAAAAGGGCUCGGCCGUGUUCUGGUACAACCUGCACCCCAGUGGAGAAGGAGACUAUCGGACCCGACACGCCGCCUGUCCGGUUCUGCUGGGAAACAAGUGGGUUUCCAACAAGUGGAUCCACGAACGAGGACAGGAGUUCAGAAGGCGCUGUGGCCUCCGUGAGACCGACUGACCCCAAAUGACCCCUGACCUAACCCUCUAAAGCAGGGGUGGGCAAUCCUGGUCCUGGGGGGCCGCAGCCUUACAUGUUGUUUCUCUGCUCCAACACACCUGA